CGACACAACAGUGUACUCCUCAAGAAAUGACUGAACACAGCAAUUUUGUAAAGAGCUACAAAGUGUCAAAAGGAAAUGUUACUAUUCAACCUGCGCGGUGCUUAUUUAGCUCAUUGGAAAAUAAAUUACUCCCAACAUCGCAAAAGAGCAACUACAGAGACGUAAACAGAACAGUUAUCAGUAAAAAUUACCAACAAGAAUUAGCGCAAAUAUGUCAGAAAAAUGUAGAAGAAUUUCGUCAAUGUUACAACUUCGAUUUGAAUCUCAUGAAACCUGUCGAUACUGAGAACAACAAUGACCACCAUGAAAGUGAUCAAGAAAAUCAACGCGAAGCCCAAUCUACAAACAAAUACCUGUGUCACCAACAACGAAGCGAUCAAAAACAAACACACAAACAAACAUGGAACUGGGAAGAGUUGGACAGCAGGAAAACUUAUAUCCCACCUUUCUAUUUAAGUAGUGGAUAUCAUUCGGAUAGUUAUCUGCUACAACCUGAUUGUGUAAGGAGCUCAGUACCACCAAAUACUCCCUGCAAUAAACUUGAUUCGUCUCAUGUAUUCGUAUCACAGGGUUCAUUAGUGUCGAGUGAAACAGAUGAGACUGAACCACAACAAGCGAACCCACUUACUUGUAAUUCAGUACCAUCAGUGCUACCCGUGUUGCGUGUAAACAGUCGGCGAAUCAGGCAGACAUUAUACGAAACGGGAUUGUCUAUUAGGACUUCAAAGCAUGCGGGUGAUGUACUUGUGAGGAGUAAAAGUGAAGAGAUGGUUGGUCAGAAAAAUAAUUCACAACCCGUUAAACACUUCAAUCACACCAACUUUAUCCAUUCCGCUGGCUGUAAAAAUCCAAGCGAUUCAUGCCCCCUGAAAGAUCAUAAUGAUGGAGUACUAAUUAGGGAAACUGUGUCAUCUUUAAAUUCAAAUGUGAAAUGGAUUACCUGUCCUGUCAUUUCAAGGAGGUUUAAUUUGAAGCAGUUAAAGCUGACAGAUAUAUAUCCAGUGAAUAAAGCUGUCAAAUAUGGUACAAUGUGUAACAGUUCAUGAUUUCAAUUUAUCGACCUCCAGAUGUCAGAAAUUUUUAUCCUUUGUGAUAGGAGAUAUGUUCGUUAACAAACUGACUUUAUCUUAAUUAUUCUGUUUGUUAGAAUACUGUGUACACGAGAAAGAGAGAAAAUUCUUUUCAGCUAACCAACUGAUAUUGUCGUAUCGUCGAAGUUACCAUUUCUGUCUCUAUUUCAAAACAUAUAGAAAUCAGUCACAACUUGUACCUUAAAAUCAUUUCAUAUUUUUACUCGCUAGAUAACUACGGCAGAUUAAGACUUGAACUGUCUUUGAAAUUCCAUCUUCAGUACUUACAAAAACUAGUCAGAA